AUGGCUGCUGGGUGGCCGGGUGUGAAAGAGGGACAGGUCGCCUCGGGCGACCAAGGUCUGCUGCAAAAUCUUCUCGCGGCGGAAUGGAUCGUCGACGGGCUCUACAGAGCGGGCAUGAAAACGUUCAAAGCAUCCGAUUUCGUUGAUGCCGGCUUUCCGACGGACACCUACAGCCAGCUGAAGGCCGUCUACGAAAACGAGAAUGGCCAUCUCAGAGUGUUUGAAGACGCAAUUGCCUCUACGAACAUCAAACCAGGUCGCUGUCAGUACCUGUACGGCUUCGAAGACAUCAAGAACAGGACGCUCCAGGUGCAAAAGUACAUGGUCAUCGUCUCGGAAAUUGAGAUCGGCUCGAUGGCCUAUCUCACAGGCCUGGCACAGCAGGCAGAGAGUGCGGAAACCCUGGCCACAAUCAUGGGCACGAUCUCGGCAGAGACCCGCCAUCUCACAUUCGUAAAUGGCCAGGUCCUUAGGAUCGGCAGUUUCGUCGGACCAACCGACACCGUCUAUCCUUGGCCGCUUCAGAUCCUCUCGACCACCAAGCAGCUGAUCGUACCAGGCAGCUGCCCCAAACAGAAUCCCGAGUACCCGAGCCCAGACCAGAAGCUGCCCAAGCUGUCCUUGAACACGUCGGCCUCUGACAUCAAGAGAGCAAACGGAACAAUGAACAUCGCGUUUGCCAAGCCAAGCGGCGGCGAUCUGCCCCCGCUCCAGCGGUCCUCGCCAGAAGCAAGCAACCUGCACGCCAUCUUCUUUAAUAGCCUGUUCAACUACACUGUCAAGGCAAGCUUCUUGGAGGACGGAAGCAUCUUCGUCAACAUGCCCACGUUGACGGCCAAUAACGGCAACCUGCUCGUGGCUAUUGCCAAUACCUCGAACGUAAGGAGCAAGGAAGACAUUGUUGCUGGUCCCCUGCAGGUCCAGCUCGGGGCGGUCAGCUAA